AUGGCUCCCCUCCUUAUCAAUUCUGAUGAGGAUCUACGUCAAUCUGUGCUUGGGUUGGCUGAGCUGUUUUCUGACAUUGCUCCAGUGGGACCUGAGCAAGUUACUCUCACAGGACAAGUAUAUGAUUUUGUGCUUAGUUUGCUCAAAGUUGGUGAUGGGCAGGCCAAGACAUGGGCAGUCAUUAUUCUCCCAGAAAUACUGGAGGAUGGGAAGCACGCAUCAUCAGUGAAAAGGGAUCUAGAAGUCAUUGUUGCAGAGAUUGUAGAGUCUGGGCCAAUAUCCCGUUUGAAGAGGCUGCUUGACCAUGCCAUUCUCAAACCCAAGAUUGAGGGGCAUUUGCAGAGAGUUCUCUCUGCUAUUGUGAACAAUCUACUAGACAAGGAAAAUGAUGAGUUCAGAGAGAAAGCACAGACAGAAUUAGAUCGCCUUAUAGAGCUUGAUGUGUUGCGGAGAAUUGUGAUCCAAGAUGGUCUCAUUCAGAGGCUUGAUAAGCUACUGGGUGAUGAAGAUGAUGUGGAUGCAUCCAUUCAGAUGUCUGCAGUCACUGCUCUCUCGUGUCUGUUAUCCCAUGAUGAUGUCUUCAAUCAUGCACAUGCACUACUGGGCCAGAUUGUUGAUCAUCUCAUAGAAUUGAUACUGAGAAAUGAUCAAGAUGCAGCAAGUGCAGCAGUCAGAGCUUGGAACAAGCUGCUUGAGAAGUGUGAAGCGGGCAUUGAUGCAAGGGAGCAAUUGCGAGUUGCGGUUGCCAUGGAGAAUCUAAGCAGGGUCCGGAAUGAGUGGGCAGCAUCAACAUAUUUGAGUACCAUUACAAGGAGUACUCUGAUCAAACUAUGGGAUGAUUAUGCGGAUAUGAGCACACAAAGCAUGCGUGAAGUCAUAAAGGGCCUUGCUCGUGACUUUUCAGGACAGUAUGGUUCCAGAGAGAGGGAAGCAGCCCAGGCAGAGUUGGCUAGUUAUGUGAAUCUCACACCCUUUCGUCAGGCCACUCUUGAUGUGGGGCUACUUAAAGAGCUCAACACACUUCUUUAUACUAGUCAUGAUGCUGAAGUCGAAGCAUCAGCUAUUUCUGCUCUAUCUCUUCUAUUGUCCUAUGAGGAUAUAUUCAAUGCUGCAGGAGAGCUGCUUGAUCAGAUAGUCCAGCAUCUCAUCAAGUUGUUCAUGAGCAAUGAUAGCAGUGCUGCUGAAACUGCAAUUGGGGGCUGGAGUAAGCUAGUAAAACAAGCUGAUGAGAAUACCUGCAAGAGGGUUUUGACUAGACAAGCCAUAGAGACUCUGACUAAGGUUUGCAAUGAAUCUUCACCAAAAUCAGUGCACCAUAUGGCAAAACGUACUCUGGACAAUCUGAAGAAGACAUAUGCAACCAUCCUCUCUGAGCUGAAGGAUGUGUUGGAUGAUCCUGUAAAUGGGUUUUCAUACCCUGAUUAUCUUAGAAUAGUACAAGAAGCAAGUACAGAGCUGUCUCAUCUAGUAGAACCAGGGUCUGUUCAUGAAGUUGAACUCCAGCCAGAGUUGCUGAAAGAGCUGGACAUAGUACUUUAUGCUAGCCGCAAUGGAAGACUUGAAGCCUCUGCUGCCCUUGCUCUGUAUGGACUGUUGUCCAAUGAGGAUGUCUUCAAUGGUGCAAGAGCUCUGCUUGAUCAAAUCACACAGCACUUGAUAAAUCUGUUCAUGAGCAAUGCUGAUGAUGCAGCUGAAGCAGCAAUCCUUACUUGGUGCAAGCUUGUUAGGCAAUCUGAUGAAAAUACCCGCAAGACAAUCAUGACAAAAAGAGCUCUGGCUACUCUUCGCCAUGUCCAUAACAGGCCCUGGUGGUGGAAGAAUGUGCGCCACACAGCAAGGCUUACUCUGUGGUAUUUGCUCAAAUCCUAUCCUGAAGCCCGUUUGCUGACAGAUGUGCUAGAGCAUGAUGAGGAUAAUGAACUCAUAGACAGCAAGGUGCAGGAUGAGCUGCAAGAUCUGUCAAAUGAUGAAAUUCUGAUGCAGCUGAGAGAGGAGAUUGAUAAACUUGAGGAUGAGGAAAAUAGGGGGAGCUCUGCUGACCCUGCAGAUGACACAGGGAUGAGUAGCAACAGUGAUAAAGACAAUAACUGA